UUUUUUUUAUAAACUAGUCAUACAUAUAACUUAUACAAUGAGCAGAUUACCUGUUGUUGUUAUGGACAAUGGUACCGGGUACACUAAACUUGGUUUUAGUGGCAAUUUGGAACCAUCUUUUGUUUUUCCAACUGCCAUCUCCACACGCGAAUCACCUUCUAGUACCGGAAGACCUGGUGUUCCUAGUAAGCCUUCUUUCUUGAGCAACAACUUGGCUUCUAAGCGUGGUAUUGAAGACCUCGACUUUUAUAUUGGUGAUGAAGCUAUUGCUCAAGCCAAGACAAUGGCACUCAACUAUCCUAUCCGUCAUGGUCAAAUCAACAACUGGGAUCAUAUGGAAAGAUUUUGGGAACAAUCUAUUUUCAAAUACUUGCGUUGUGAACCUGAAGACCAUUAUUUUCUUCUGACUGAGCCUCCCAUGAAUUCUCCCGAGAAUCGUGAAAUGACAGCUGAGAUUAUGUUUGAAUCCUUUAAUGUUCAAGGUCUUUAUAUUGCCGUUCAAGCUGUCUUGGCAUUGGCUGCCUCAUGGACUUCAAGCAAAGUAAGUGAGCAAACAUUGACAGGUACUGUGGUUGAUUCAGGUGAUGGUGUUACUCACGUUAUCCCGGUGGCUGAAGGCUAUGUGAUUGCCAGUUCUAUCAAAAGUGUGCCUAUUGCUGGUAGUGAUAUCACUUCUUUUGUUCAAAAUUUACUUCGUGAACGUGGUGAAACCAACAUUCCACCUGAAGAUUCUUUCCGUAUUGCUCAAGCUAUCAAAGAAGACUAUAGUUAUGUCUGUCCUGAUAUUGUGAAGGAAUUUAAGAAAUAUGAACAAGAACCCUCGAAAUAUUUUAAGCAAUAUGAUGGUAUUCAUUCUGUUACUGGCAAGAACUAUUCAGUUGAUAUUGGUUUUGAACGUUUCCUUGCACCAGAAAUCUUUUUUAAUCCUGAAAUUGCCAGUUCUGAUUUCUUGACACCUUUACCAGAAAUUGUGGAUACAGUCAUUCAAACAAGUCCUAUUGAUGUUCGUCGAGGAUUAUAUAAAAACAUUGUCUUGUCUGGUGGUUCUACUAUGUUUAAGGGAUUUGAUAAGCGACUUCAGCGUGACAUUAAGCGUACAGUCGAUAAGCGUAUUCAAGACAGUGAAUUGACAAGUCGUUCAGAAAUGAAAGCAACACCUAUGGAGGUCAAUGUUAUUUCACACAAAAAACAACGUCAUGCUGUUUGGUUUGGUGGUGCUUUAUUAGCUUCUACUGCUGAAUUCUAUAAUUCGUGCCACACGAAGGCAGAAUACGAUGAGUAUGGUCCUAGCAUAUGUCGUCAUAACAGAGUCUUUAGACAAAGUAUUUAAUUAAAGAAAAAUGUGCCUGGUUU